GUUUUUUUAUCACUGUAAAAUUUCUAACCUGUAUUACCUUACAUGUAACUUUUAUAAUGUAAAGAAUGAAUUAAUAAUUAUUUUCAUGUAUAUUAGAUACAUAAUGUUCAAAUUUCUUUUACAUUAAAAAUUCGCUAAUUGUUCAUAAAAAAUGCGUGGUAUCAAAAGGAUAUUAGUGUUUUGUACAUUAACAACAAUUGUACCAAUUCUGUUUCUUAUUACACCUUUAUAUUUGCGCCACAACUUUUAUGGUAAUGUAGCAUACGCUGUAACAGAUUCUGAUAUCUUGGAAAUCACUGAUGGAAUUUCUACAGUAUUUUGUUCAGAACAUGUUUUACAAAUGAAUAGAACGUUUAAUGCCUUUCAAAUGGCCCACAAACCAGAAAUAACUUCUUAUAAAAAGCAUAUACGUCUUAAAAAGAAUAUGACUCUACCAGAUGACACAUUAGAAUAUUGGGGAUUUUAUCUUUUAGAAGGAUCAAGUGUUGCACUUUCUGUUUGUUCAAGGUUUGAAGGUGCAUCUAUACUUGUUGUGAAAGGGGAACGUAAUUUACGAACAUGUGGUAUGUUAGAACACAAUAAUGAAGAAAUUGUAGAAAAUAUAUUUCUACCAGAAGCUAAGCAGCAAGUUAAAGUAACAUUUAAAUCGGACACAGAGUCCAUUUCUAAUAAUAGUAUUAUACAAGUUGAUCACAAUGACACAUUAAACAAUACAACAAAUAAAUUUUUCCGAAAUAUUACCUCAAAAUUAGAAGAAAACCAUACAGAUAAAAAUGCUACAAAUGUUCAUUCGGCCAUAAAUAGCAAUACCUUAUCUAAUGAGGAAGAAAAAUUGAGGAAACUGGUAUGGGAUACAAAAAUGUACAUGCAACAACAUAUGAAAUCUCCAAAAGAACCAAUUGUACAUAAUGCCAGAAAAUUAAGACACGCUAAAAAAAAACAAUACAAAAAGCAAAUAAAAGAAAAAGAAAAAAAUAUGCUUGAAGGAAGAAGAAGAACGAGAAGAGAUAUCGAAAAUGGAUCUAAAGUUAAAGAGAAGGAAAUAUUCAAGAAAAGAACGAAAAGAAAUCAAGACCUUGUUAAGCCAUUUUUAUUGGAUCAAGGUGUUAAACAUGGAGGAAAUGCUGUAAAAAAUUUAACAAACGGUGAUGAUGAUUCUUCUGUAUCCAGUUUCGAAAAUGAAUUAUUUAAAUGCUAUGGAGGUUCGAUUUUAAUAUCUCAAGAAUUUCCACCUUCCGAACAGUGUACUAAUGUUACAUAUUUAUUGAAUGGUAAACAUAUGCAAGCGACCCACAAUGUUAUAGAAAAUGGUUAUUACUACUAUAUCUUUUAUAGUGAUAACGAUAUCGUAUCAAAUGAUAUAUACGCACUGUUUGACAUUUAUAAACCUAUUUUUCAUUAUGAAAAUAUAACAAAAUCUUGUAUAAAUCAAACAAAAUGUUCAUUUUCAAUAAACUUGUUGUCUUCUGAUAGGGUGAUUGUUGAAAUACCAACUAAAGAUGGUCUUGAAUAUGAAAUAGAUGAUAUUAGUUUACUUUUAUCAGUCUGUCAUCCUCGUAUGGAAGUGUAUGUAAUUUUUCCUAUCGCAGUAUUAUUCUUUAUUCUUGCUUGUGCUUUUAUGUAGUUCAUUUUGUACAUAUAUAUAUUGUGUAUAUAUUUAUAAACAAACGUAAGAUGAUGUAAGUUUGAUAUUUUAAUUAUGAAUUGUAUAUAGAAAUAUUAGAAUUCUCGUACAGAUGCAUAUACUUGCAUGUACACAUCGAAUAUUAUAUAAACAAUAAGAAAAAUUGUAUCUUUUAAAAUAUUCAGAUACAUAGUAGGUAAGGAAAAUAAUGUGCUAAUAAUUUUUUGUAUCUAAUUUUUAAAUAUCUAAACACAUAUUAUUAU